GCCCGGAGACGGUACAGACCGUGGCGGCGGGGACGGGAGUGAUUAGGACACUGACACCGACAGUCGGCAGCGUCGCUCGGAUGGUGUUGCUGCUUCGGACGCUGCGAAGAUGCGGCCACACUGCUGGGCGAUGGUAGCGCUGGCGGGGAUCAUGUCGUACCUCAGCCCGGAGAGAGCACUCGGAGCACCGCAGAGGGAAGUUUCUCAGACCAAAGCUGCAUCCCUCUCUCCUCCACCCUACAUCGUCAUCCUCAUAUCUUGCUCGGGGCUUGUCUCUUUUGUUCUGCUGCUCCUCACCUGCCUGUGCUGUAAGAGAGGAGUGGGGUUCAAUGUAAGUCUUCAACAUGAGUUUGACAAUGCAGAUGGAGAGGAGUGCUCUGGAGGUUCCAGUCCAAUCCAGGAGGACAGCCUGUCAUCGUGUCCCUCCCUCCCUGAGGUUUACACCUUACCAGUCAGAGACCGAUCCAACUGUCCCAACCUACAGAAUGGAGCAGACUCCAAAUCUCAGUGCUUCAAAAGACACACUUUAAACUACCUUCAGGAGAUAGGAAAUGGCUGGUUUGGAAAGGUGAUCCUUGCUGAAGUGCUGUGUGACUCCAGCUCCUCGCAGGCGGUGGUGAAGGAGCUGCGUGUCAGCGCCAGCCCCCUGGAGCAGAGGAAGUUCCUGGCUGAAUCUGAGCCGUACAGGAGCCUUAAGCAUCCCAACAUCCUUCAGUGUUUGGGGCAGUGCAGCGAGAGCAUUCCCUUCCUCCUGAUUAUGGAGUUUUGUCAGCUGGGUGAUCUGAAGAGGUAUCUGCGAGCCCAGCGCAAGUCAGAUGGGAUGACUCCAGACCUCCCAACAAGGGACCUCCUGACUCUUCAGAGGAUGGCUUUCGAGAUCACCUCGGGUCUGCUGCAUCUUCAUGAAAACAACUACAUCCACAGUGAUCUGGCAUUGAGAAACUGUCUAUUGACCUCAGACCUCACUGUCAGGAUAGGUGACUAUGGUCUAUCACACAACCAUUACAAGGAGGACUAUUACCUAACUCCAGACAAGCUAUGGAUCCCUCUGCGCUGGAUUGCUCCUGAGCUGCUGGAGGAGUACAGAGGAUCUCUCAUUGUUACUGACCAAACAAAGACCAGCAAUGUCUGGUCCUUGGGGGUGGUAAUAUGGGAGCUGUUUGAAUUUGGCUCUCAGCCCCACCGACACCUGAGUGACGAAGAGGUGUUGACCUUUGUCAUUAGGGAGCGACAGAUCACGCUGGCACAGCCCAGACUUAAGCUCUCCCAUGCAGAUUAUUGGUAUGAGAUCAUGCAGUCCUGUUGGCUACCACCAUCACAGCGCCCUUCUGUAGCAGAAAUAUUCCUGCUUCUCUCCUCCCUCUUGGCUGCUGAGAGAGGAAUGGCGAGGGGGAGUGUUGGGGAAGAAGAUGAAGAGGAUGAGGAGUUUGAGGAAGGCAGGGGAAGGAGAGGGGAGAGCGAGGAGUCAUUUGAGCGACGCUGGGACCUUCUCCGUCCACCUGCCUUUCAAACUGCAGGAAAUGAGCGGCAUCGGGAUAGAGAGUACAGCAGGGAAAACAGAGACAGCUCUUACCCUCUACUGGACUCUGUGGGGAACUGUAUCACCCCUUCCUCAUCUGAACUGGAUGAUAUCCUGACAGUCACAGAAACUAGCAAAGGUUUGAACUUUGAGUAUUUCUGGGAGAAGGCUCAUGCCAGAAGAGGCUACAAACCUCUUCCUCCUCCUCAACCAAUCCCGACUGUGAACAAUAACCACAGACAGUCCUUGGACACUCCUACUGUGGUGCCAGUGAUCAGUGCCCGCAGCCCCUCACUCGCCAGUGAAUAUUACAUCAGACUAGAGGAGCACACUCCCCAAGAUAAGUCGCCAACUCUUAAAGGGAGGACACAGUCCUCUUCUCGCUCUGAUUCUGUUUGCCCUGGAGACUUGGAGCUUGUGGAGAUUCGCAGUGGAACACUUGGAAAAGAGCGACUUCCGUAUUCUUCUGAUAAGGGUGGAAAAACACUCCAAACUGUCCGAUCGAGUGAGGUUCAGCUUCAGGUGCCCAACACAGGCGUGGCUGAGUUCAGAGACACUUCAAGCAGAGUGACUGACUUCUCAGUUGUGGAUUUAGGUGAUGAUGAUGAGGUGGAGAAGAAAAAGAGCAACGAGGGAGAUAAAAAAUCCUCCACAACUUCUCAAGCUCCAGUCCUUCCUCCCAAGCCUCGUUCUAUGUCCAUGUCUUCAUCCAACCACCUUCACUCACGGCCCCUCCCCGCUCCUCCACUUGGAUAUAGAGGAUUACCUCACUACACCAUCAGUGGAAAAAUUGAGACAGACCCCCAUCACAUGAGCUCCUGCCCUCCUUCUACUUUUGAUCACUUGGGUCUCCAUCGGGCCCGACAGACUCUGCCACCCUCUCCAUCCCUGUCCCCCUCCAUUCCCCCAUCAAGACAUCCAAUUUACCCUCAACCUCCUCAAAUGUGUCCUCCCCCUCUCCCUCCCCAUUCCAAACCACAACGAAGUGUCCCCAGCUACAACACAGCUGAGGCUUACUUAAGAUACAGUAAACCACAGUUGCAGAGAUCCAACAGAGACCCCCUAUCCUGUGAUGUGUUUGAUAAAGAGAGUGACAACAGGCAUGCAGCAUCAUUGAAUACCUCUAAGGAGACCUCUCAUUCCCAUGCAAAAGUCUUCGACUCUCCUAUUCGUAGAGAAAACCCUUUGCGCCCUAUUUAUCGAAAUCCACCUCGUACCCAGACCACAAACCCCCACAUAGACAGGCAGUCUUCAUCAAGUCCCACCUACUCAGAUGAGGACGACUCUCCUUUCAUGUCCCCAGAGAGAUAUAGUGGUGGGACAACUGUCACUCACUCCAGCCUAUCUGAGGACGCAGACCCAACCACUGCAGAUCUCUUUUCCAGGGGAAUGAAAAGGACUCAGUCACGCCUUGACACUAUCCUGCCCGCCAUUUGGAAGGAAGAUGCUGAACUUCAGGCAGAACUUGUUGCUGCAGCCAGGAAAUCCCCCAUGCAUCUGUUUCUGACAGAGAUAUCAAGUGUGACAGAGUCAAGUGAAGCCAAAUCAGAGGCAUCAUGGGACAGAGAGACAAUGGAUAAAAAAGAUGGAGAGAGAUGGGGAAAUUUUGUGCUGCCCAACAAAGGGAUGCGCCGCUCUCAGUCAUUGAUCACAGAAAUGGGCUCAGCAGGACACUCGUGGGGACAAGAGAAACAUAUCAAUAGGACAGAAGCCGAGGAGGACAAAAUAGUCACUAAUGAAUCAUUCCAGAAGGAUCUUUUUCUCACAGAGAUCGACACAGGGAGAACAGAUGUGGAUAUGGAGGAAGAAUCAGAAAGUGAUCCUGUAAAGUACCUGUAUCCUGCAGGAUCCAGGUUGCGACCCUAUGUCUGCGUUCCAGGCCUUCCCUCAUAUACAGAGGCUGAGGAAGCUUUCUCGAAAGGAAUACGGAGAUCCCGCUCUCUCCUGUCUGAGAUCACUGUUGAGAAGCAAGAAUCUGAAGCAUAUAGGACUGAGAAAGAGCCACGGAAAAUCGAAAUGACCAGAGAAGAGUUCCUAAAAGAGAUCCAGUCAGCAGAAACAUUUCUGACUGAAAUCAUAUCAAGACAAAAUGCUGCCACAAACAGGAAGGAACCAGAUCCAUCCUGCUCUCCUACUCCACUUUCCCCUGAAUAUGAGUCCAUAUGCAUUGACCCAAAUUCCGCCCAGACCAUCAGUUUCCAGUCAGAGAGCUCCAUACGAGCAUCCAAUAAAGGCAAAGAUGAUACACAAACUGAGGCCAUCUAUGCCCAAGUCACCAAGCGUGCUAAGAAGAGUGAAAUAAAGGUUUCCAUCAGACCUGAGAUCCCAAUUCUUCACAUAGGAUCAAAUAAACAACCACUUAAACCAGACAGCCAAGGAAACAACACUCCUCACUGCCAGUCUGGGGAGUUUGUGUUUUCAGAAAUCAUGCCGAAAAAUGGUUUAUUGCACAACCAAACACUUGAAUGUCAGAAGGAAGAGGAGGAAAGUUCAGAUGGACCUGCCUUACCUGCCAGAGGAGAGCAAACAGAUCUGUCUGAGUUCUCUACUUCUGAAUCCACUGAUAGUGGUACAGAGCCCAACACUGUGAUACUGCGUGAGAACAAAUCAUCCGUUACAAAUGAAACUGAGAAGGUUGCUAUAAAAGGGAAUGGUGAGAUAAUGAAAGAUGACAGACAAGCUUGCAGCCCUGAGAGAAGAGUCCGAACAGAGGGGAAGUCUGAUACCAUACUGUAUAACUCUGAGAAAAAAGUUGAUUUGGAGAGCUCUGAAAAUGUGAGUUCUGCUAAGAAGAGCUUUGCUGAUACAAAUGGAGAAAAUACUUUUCAGUGUAUGGAAAAUGAUCAACAAAGCCAGUGUCACAUCAGCCAAAAAGAACAUAUUCCUGCAGUAACUCCAAGCACUCCAGAGUGGGACCCAUCCUCUGAUGCCUCGCUCGUCACCCCUACUGACUCAGUCCUCUCACCUAUGACUUCCAGCUCCACAGGCUGCCUCACACCUAGUGACUCGUGGACAGGGGGAGGAGUGGGAAGCAGUGGGUGGCGGGCUCUGGGAAAUGAAACUCCACAUCGAGACUCCGCCUAUUUCUCAGACAGUGAUUGGGAAGGUGACGGUAUGAACAGGAGGAACAGUGAGGGACUUAUUGCCUCUAGGUCAAGUAGCAGCCGAGGGGCUGAGCGGGGAAUGUUGACAGGGAUUGAGGAAAAAACUGAAGAGGAGGGAGAGACAGGAGAAAAGACCCUGUUACGAAAUGGUUCCUAUUUGUCAGAUGGCAAAACAGAAACUGUUGAAGGGGGGACAACUGAGAUUCGUGACAAGACAGAUGUAAUGUUUCAGAAGUCUCCUGACAAUUACAUCUCUCGUUGGGACAACAACAUUGCUGUUGUAAACAAAGGGCUAGAGUUCGCACAGAGAGAAGAUUCAGGCAUUUUUCACAAUGAGAGUAAAAGUUCAGCUCUGCUGUCCAAUGAUCCCGAAGUCAAGGACUGUGUUGACUUAAUUGAUGAGUUGUUUUCCAAAUUAGAUGAGGAACCACUGACAGGGGUCUCACACAGCAGUGGAUAUGUGAUAGACAGUCACUACACAGAUGGCAUAAUUUCUAAGAUAACAGAUAGCAAAAAUCAUGACUCUGAAGACUCAAAGCUACAUUCCAAGAGCCCUGCUGAGACAGGAAGUUUGAUCAAGUCCUCAUCUGGCAGCCUGUCAAAUGAUUGCAAGUUUCACCCAUGCAACGAAUACACAAGCAUUACAGGGACAGACAAUGAUCUCACUGCACUGAAGUCUCUGAAAUCCAGAAAUGAAACUGACAAAUCUAUUGCAUCAUCUCAAAGUGACAACACAAAGUCCAGAUUAUCUGAAAAAUGUGAUAGUCGAACCAGUGAUUGCACACAUAGAGAUGAAACCCUGGCAGAAAGAGAUAAAGUGAGUGAUCUGACAUAUCAAUGGACUGAGCAGGGUGUUGAAGAGCUUGAGGGAUGUGAAGUGAAGACCGGCCAAGACCACAACGAGUUAGGCCUAAGAAACCUUCACUGCUUAGACGGUGGAGAGGAUAAAGAGGUCAGGGUGGAGACAGAGGCAAAUCUAGCUUCAGCAGAGCUGAGAAACACCCUGAUGGAACAGGCUGUCUUGAGCGGGGCAGUAAGUAAAAAAGACUCUGUUAAAAACGUGGAUGGCGACUCUUGUGAUAGACUGGAUGUGAUCACUGAAGACUUAUGGAGUGCUCUGGAGGAAGAUGAGGAGAAACCAGGAUCUGGAGUGGUAAAGGGUGAGCUUGACUGUCACCGUCUGUCACAGUCUGAGGACUUGCGCUUGUGGCCUGAUGAAAAUGACCAAUGGGCCUCCCCAGAAAAGAGGAGGCAAGAAGUUGAACUAAGGAGUGAAUUUUUCUCUGGGUUUGCUAAUAAGGGGUGGGAGGCGGGGGAGAGGCUUGUCGUGGCUCGGGAGUACUGGGAAACUAAAGAAAAUGAUGAACUUGCAGGAAGUGAGCCUCACCCUGCUGUCUUGAAAGGUUAUGAAGAACCUUUGACCAAUGAAACACAAGGAUUAAGUGGAAAUUGUUCUGUGAAGGAAAUAUGGGAUUCAAAAGUUACAGAUAAACAACAAGCUGCAGAAGAAAUACAACAAGAGGAAAACAUAGAGAACCUGAAUGAAAUUGAGAUUAUUAAGUGUGAUGUAAAGCAAGAGAUUGCUGAUAUUGAAGUCGAGAACAUAGAAAUACCUGAAGAAGAGUCCUCAGUGAAAGAAGAGAAGCAGAUUUUCACAUGCAAAGAGGCGGUCAGGGACAGGGAAGGUCCCACAGAAACAGGGGAGAAUCAAAAUUUUAACAGAUGGCCUCAGGAUCAAUGCUGCAGCAUCCACAAAGAAGGGCAGGCAUCUGCUGUACAUGCUGACAAAGACCCAGAAUCUAAUUUUGAGAACCACCUCAGCCACACUUUAGAGAAUAAAAUCUCAAAUAUACCUGACUGCGUCUCUGAAGCUCCUCAUGUUAACCUUUCCAACCUGGAAACGGAUGAAUCAGGCUUCAACUCAGAAGCUGAGGUGAGACCAUGGCUUGCAAGGCAAUACCUAGAUGAAAGAAUGAGCAUUGUAAAAGUUAGAGAGGAUUACAGAGACCCACCCCUUCCAUCCAAUCACAGUGACUUUAAAAAACAGGAAGAGAUAGAUCAGUCAUAUCCAGAAGUUGACAAUUUCAGCUCAGUAGAUUUUCCAAGUCCUCCUCCAAGCAUAGACCUGGAUGUACAAGACGAUAAACUGGAGAGUUUAGAUGACUCUUUUCCUAGUCCACCUCCAUCUGUUAUAGACUCUGAAGACUUUAUUAGCCACAUUAAUCUAGAAGACUUUAUUGUCUGUACUAAGACAGAGUCGUAUAUUUAUCCAACUAACGACAUAGAUGUCUCAGAGCCAACUCUGCAGGAAUUACCACCUGCUACAACUCAGAAUAAAGGGAUCUCAGCCAAUCUGAGCUUCCCCUCUGUACAAAUAACACUGACAGAUGAGAAUAACCUUCAGUCCAACAUAGAAGGUCAGAAUGAUCAUAAUAGCUUUUGUCAGAAUACAUCAUCUGUAGUGCCCUCUGCACCCCAAGAUCCCCUUAGCAACAUCCCUGAAUUACUGAUUUCAGAGUGGAAAGAUCUGGAUGAGGAGCCACUGGAGGAUUUUGAAAAACUGGAACAACUCUGCUGCAUCUCUGGGGAUGAAGAGGAAAGUUUGGGGGAGAUUUUCUUGGGGAACUUAGAGUUGCUGGAGUCUUUGAAGAAAACACCUGAGCAGAAAGAUAGCAGCACAGAUGGUAGUGAUGCAUGUGAUGAGAUUUGUGACUCUACUCCUGAGGGUAGCAGGUUGGAUUUGAAGAAGGAUUGGAUCUCUGACAACUCUGAUAAGUUGGUGGAAUCUAAACAAUCCCCGAUCCUGGAUGCUCAAGACAAUCUGUCUACAGCAGAGGAGAAGGAUGAUGGGCAGAAACCAGCAGAUCAAACAACUGAUGUCAAGGAGCAGGGAUCGUUCUCCAAGAUGACAACUAAAAAUGGCUUCAUGAUGCAGGUGUGUGAAGAACGGCUGCAGUUUUCCCUUAGUGAAAAUGUGAAAACGAAUGUGCUCUGGGGGGCAGCUGUGAAAGAUACUGUUACAGUCCGGCCCUGGGGAGAACAAGUCACAGAAAGCAGCAGCGACCUGGCCCCUGUGAAAGACCAAACAAAGGAGGAGAGUCAAGAGGAGCAGGAAGCUGACCCCAGCGACCAGCUGCUCACAGACUCUGAUAAAACUAAAUCUGAGCCACUCACUGUGAUUGAACAACCUGAGAAUACAACGACGCAGCCUACUGCAAACCAGGCAAUGAAAGCAAAGCUAGCUCGGCUGUCUCUCGCCCUCCCUCCUCUCGCUUUGACCCUUCCACCAAGUGGCAAAGGGGGAUUUGGGGAUGGAGCCAUUGGAAAUCGGAUAGUAAGACGGAGAGGUCUGUCAUCAGGAAGUGACCCAGAUGAAGAAGAGGAGGAGGAUGACCAAGAGGAUGAAAGCUCCCGCAGGGUGAUUGUUGUCACAGAGACCGAUGUGGACAAACGUGUAGGGCUGAGGAGUCUAUUGAAAUCACCCAAGGAGCCCCUGGAGAGAGAGAGGGACAGAGGGAGGAAUGUGUCCUUUUUUGAUGAUGUCACAAUAUAUCUCUUUGAUCAGGAAACUCCAACCAAUGAGUUGAGCUCUUCAGCUCCUACAAGUCCAGCUUCAGUGUCCGUCAAAAGCAGCAAAUUGGACUUGCAUGGGCCAAACAAAAGCAAGGAAUCAAAAAGGAAAGAUGAUUUCUCAGUCAAACCAAGGUCACCCGUGGGAGCCAAUCCAGUGACUUCAUCACGCUUCACUGUCAGUCCUGCCAAUGACCCCCACUUGGUGUGAAGUUAUAUGUCAUCAUGGGAAACUGUAGAGCUGAAGCCUCUUGGACUGGCCAGUGAAUUUACCCAAUAACCAGCCAUUCACCCAGAGGAUAUUUUUUUAUUGAAUAGGCAACUGGAAGAAUGAGACUCUGGUUCUAAAAGCUGGACACAUUCCAGGUUUUACCAGCAAUAGGAUUUUGUAUGAAAAGGGUUGCUGAGCUCCUGCCUGCCAGUGUUUACAGAGUUUAUUCAUACACUUUGGCUACAAAAGUCUUUGGAAAAUGCAGCAUAUGCUGGAAGAAGAGGAACCUGGAGCUUUGUAAAAUCUGAAACAGAUUUGACAGCUAUGCAGUGGGAGUCUUGCUGUGUACCAGCUUAUCUUAGCUUUUUCUGUUUCGUUCUGUUGUAUUAUUCCCCAGGUGUGUGGGGAAUGCACUUUCUUUAGCCAUUCAUCUGUCUAUGUAAAUGCUUGGAUUCCAGUCCAGUCUUAAUUAAAAGACAAAGUUUGUCAUUGCAGUCAGUCAGUUGAUCUUGUAGGCAGCAGUUUGACACAGAAAUUUCUUGAAUCCUGUAUUUUAGAAUUAUUCUUAGCAUUUGUACAAAUAUCAUAAAACAAGUGUAUACAAUAUCAUUUUAGAGCUUUUACGUUUAGAUGUAUUUCAUAGACUGCACGAAAAUUAAAUAGUUUCUUUAUAAUUUAGUUCUGAAAUGAUUUUAAUUGAUUUCUGUAUUUACUAUAUCUUUCUAUUUAUUUAUUUGCUUCUGUGCUAUUUGCAUAUUUGAACUUAGCUACAAUUUGUUUUGCACAGAAUGCAUCUAAGUUAUACCUUCAUUAAGAUAUUCAUAAUAAAUAAAUCAAAAUAUUUUCCCAAAUGUCUCAAUUGCUAAAAAAAAAAAAAAAAAAAGAAAGAAAAAAAAGGAAAGAAAGAAAAAGAAAAAAAAGUAUUUUGUAUAAUUUAACUUGUUAUUAUAUGCCAAUCUGUACUGUAUGGAACUAUGUCCUGUAAUGUUUCUUUAUUUUCCUAUGUCUAAAUUUUCAGCAGUCUUUUCAUUCUUUUAUCUUGUUUAUUGACAGUUAAUAUAGCUUAGCAUGACAAAUCAAAGCCUUUCAUCAGUAAAUAACUCCAUUUGUUUGUGUAUUUGUUAAUUCAGCCCAUUUUCUUUUCUACUAAUAACAGUUGAACAUGCAGCCUAAAUCCAACUUGUCCGUUCGUUUAGUCUGUUUAAAUGUUGGUUUGAACUUGUAUUGUUUAAAGAAAGGUUUUCAAGGGGGAUACGGUACAAACAAGAGAAUAAAGAUUACAAAAUGUGAACCUCUUAUUUGAAAUGUGUCAUGACAAUAAAUCUCAUUGUUUGUAAUCCUA